UUCAAGAGUCUCGAAGAUGGCAAAGAUAGCUUUUUCUUCUAAGUGUGGCUGUUUGCCUUACUCAAGAGAACUUUGUUCAGGGAGCAAUACCGGCAAAAAGACAGUCGUGCGACAGCGAUAACCUGCCCGAAAAUUGCCGUCCUCUCCUUACCACAACCAUUACCACCGCUGCGUUCCUAAACGCGACGAGUUUUAUCUACACCUACUGCGGUGAUGAUUGUGCUCAACCGCUCUACAACUACUUCAGGGACUGCGACGUGCCGGACUCCAAGAACGCAACGACGUUUGACUUUUUCUGUUCCUCGAACGCAGCAGGAAAACCGGUGCUUACCACAACUUUUGGAAGGACAGGUAUCCAUCGCUUCUUCGUGCCAGGAUGCUUUUCAAGAAACGACGUGUAAUGACACAUGCAAAACCGCUCUAGCCGCGGCGUACGAUGUGCAAGGCUGUUGCCUAUUCUCCUACUACGCCGUAACUGGCGAUCUGGAGAGUGCAAACGCCCUCUUUACUUUCUGCAGUGAGGAUCCAAAGACGCUGUGUACAGGUGGUGUUUCUGGAGGGACACUCCAGUUUCCCACCCCGGCUGUAAACCCAGAGUGCGAAGAGUUUGUUGACGAUGUGGACGAUUCUUGUCGCUAUCUUCUGAGCGAGGAUAUAACCGGCUCCGCUCUCUUGAGUCUCGACGAUACCUGCGGAGACAAGUGUGGACCGGAAAUUUACCAGUUCAGCCGAGACUGCGACGAGAAAACGGAAUCCUCUAAUGCCUCUGCCAUUGACGCUCUUUGCGCCGUCAACAACAAAAACCAGCGCUGCGGCGAGUUUUUCAUCGAAAUAGCGCAGCUCACCACUGCCUGCGCCGGUGUCGACAGUUUAUCGUGUCCCGAUGAGUGUCGUAAUGCACUCGUGCAAGCCCAGGAGAUGUACGGUUGCUGCUUCCCAUCGCUGGCCUUAGUUAUUUUCGGUGAGGAACUUAGCAUUUAUGCAACCUUGCUAUCCACACUCUGCGGUGUACAAUUUGGCGAUGAAUGCGCCGGUCGUUUCACGGGGAACGAAACAGGCCCUACGAUUGACCCUCCACCUACAAAUGCCAUGUGCGCAAGCCUCCACAAUGCAAUUCCAGCAGCCUGUCGAAACUUUCUCAAAUGUCCUCGUAUUGUCUGCGGUCCGUGAUCCUGUGGGUUCCAAACAAACUUCUGCAAGUCAGAAUGUGCUGAACCAGUCUACAACUACAUCAACGAGUGUGUUAACAAGACACAUGCUCUUUAUUUGGACUUUUUAUGCUCCACAACGCCAGCCGGAACCAACUGUGCGAAUAUUCUGAACGAUACAGCUUUGGAUACGGCUCUCGAUGGUGUCUGUAAAGAUGCUCUAAUAGACAGUGCUCACAAGGAUGCAAGAGUGCUUUGGAGGGUUUUAACAAAGCCUACGAUUGCUGCCUCUUCACUUAUUCUGCUCUGGACACAAAUGUCAGUUACACGAAUGGUCUGUGGGCUCAGUGCGGAGCUGAUAACCCCGGACUAUGUACUGGAGGCAUCACUAAUACAGCUGUAGAUGCCCCAAAAGGUGAAGUUGAGAGUUCAGCCCUCGCCACUGCCUUGGGCUCCACUUUGUUUCUUAUUCUCGGCCUCACCGCUGCUGUAACUGUUUAACUGAAAGGAAAAACCUGGACCCCUAAGCCAUGAUUCUGUAGGAUAGCUAUAGUUGAUGAAUUUUGUGGUAUUCAUAGUGUAAACUUGUGUGCCUUAAUUGUGUUACACGUGGGCUGGCCCAUCAAGUAUGAAAUUCCGGACCUAACCUUAAGUAAAUUCACUUACACCACACAAGCAACCACCAGCUUGUUACCAUAACCGACCACACAAGCCCUUAUUUCACUCUACAAUCACCGGUACAUCUGUAG